UGGCGGUAACCCAAGAAACCUGAUCCACCGGGUUCACAGGCACUCUGUCUCAGUUUGCACCAUUUGCAGUGAAGGCAGAGGAGCUGAGCAGUUUGAAGGACAUCAAAUGAAACAGGAGAGCUCGCGGCGUGUCCUCUUGAGUUUUACGCGUAGCCUGUCCUCCCGACCAGGAGACAGUACGUUUUGAUAAAAACGGGGGAAAAAAAUAAAAUAAGAUGGAAGACAAAUCAAAUUCGUUCUCCAGCAACAAAGAGGAGAAGGCGGACGGGAAUAAUGUGUUUCAGAGGCAAGACUCGAUACAGAAAAAUAACAUGGGGAGCCAGAACAUGAAAGACCAUGGCAACUCAGUAGGCUUCAAGGGGGAACGGGAAGAGGCCAUGGUCGGAUUUGACGAUCUAGACGGGGCGUCCAGGCAAUAUGGUUUUAUGCAGAGGCAAUUUGGGGCCAUGAUGCAGCCUGGAGUCAAUAAGUUUUCCCUGCGUAUGUUCGGCAGUCAGAAAGCGGUGGAGAAAGAGCAAGAGAGGGUCCAAACGGCUGGAUACUGGAUCAUUCAUCCAUAUAGCGAUUUUAGGUUCUACUGGGACUUGAUAAUGCUCAUCAUGAUGAUGGGGAAUCUAAUCAUCAUUCCUGUGGGAAUAACCUUCUUCUCGGAGCAGACCACCACCACCUGGCUGGUCUUCAACGUGGCCUCGGACACCAUCUUCCUGGUGGACCUGGUCAUGAACUUCAGGACGGGCAUCGUCAACGAGGAGAGCUCUGAGAUCAUCCUCGACCCCAAGGUCAUCAAGAUGAAUUACCUGAAAAGCUGGUUCGUUGUGGACUUCCUCUCCUCUAUCCCAGUGGAUUAUAUCUUUCUAAUAGUGGAGAAAGGAUUUGACUCGGAGGUGUACAAAACAGCCCGCGCCCUGCGCAUCGUCCGCUUCACCAAGAUCCUCAGUCUUCUGCGUCUCUUGAGACUCUCCCGACUCAUCAGAUACAUACAUCAAUGGGAGGAGAUCUUCCAUAUGACCUAUGACCUGGCUAGUGCUGUGGUAAGAAUAUUUAAUUUGAUAGGGAUGAUGCUGCUUCUUUGUCACUGGGAUGGCUGUCUCCAGUUUCUGGUGCCUCUUCUCCAAGAUUUCCCCCCUGACUGCUGGGUGUCCCUGAACGGUAUGGUUAACGACUCCUGGGGCAAGCAGUACUCGUACGCCCUCUUCAAAGCCAUGAGCCACAUGCUGUGCAUCGGGUAUGGAGCCCGCGCGCCCGUCAGCAUGUCUGACCUGUGGAUCACCAUGCUGAGUAUGAUUGUAGGCGCCACCUGCUACGCCAUGUUUGUGGGCCAUGCUACUGCUCUAAUCCAAUCACUGGAUUCCUCGCGCAGGCAAUACCAAGAGAAGUACAAACAAGUGGAGCAGUACAUGUCCUUCCACAAGCUUCCGGCAGACAUGCGCCAGAAAAUCCAUGACUACUAUGAGCACCGCUACCAAGGCAAGAUCUUUGAUGAGGACAACAUCCUGAGUGAACUCAACGACCCGCUCAAAGAGGAAAUUGUCAACUUCAAUUGCCGUAAGCUUGUGGCCACCAUGCCCCUGUUUGCAAAUGCGGAUCCCAACUUUGUGACGGGCAUGCUGAGCAAGCUGAAGUUUGAGGUCUUUCAGCCCAACGACUACAUCAUCCGCGAGGGCACAGUGGGCAAGAAGAUGUACUUCAUUCAACAUGGUGUGGCGAGUGUCAUCACCAAGUUCAACAAGGAGAUGAAGCUAACAGAUGGGUCCUACUUUGGAGAGAUCUGUCUACUGACCAAGGGCAGACGGACAGCCAGCGUGCGUGCCGACACCUACUGCCGCCUCUUCUCCCUCUCUGUUGACCACUUCAACGAGGUGCUAGAGGAGUAUCCCAUGAUGCGCCGGGCUUUCGAGACCGUCGCCAUCGACCGAUUGGACCGCAUCGGGAAGAAGAACUCGCUGCUGCUUCAGAAGUUCCAGAAGGAUCUGAACGCCGGAGUCUUCAAUACGCAGGAGAACGAGAUAUUGAAGCAAAUUAUCCGUCAGGACAGGGAGAUGGUGAUGAUGGUGGACCGCAAGCAGUCGGUCACCGGGAUGAACUCGACACCAAUGUCUGGAAACUCCAUCAUUAACUCACCUGCCCAACCGCCCUACUCUAGCUCCUUAGGCAACAACCAGUUCCAGCAGUCCUCUGUACCCCUGACCUACAGUGCUUCAGCCAUUGCCAAUGCCUCCGCUGCCCGCAUCCUGCCAGCCGCUGCUGCUGCUGCCGCUGCUGCCGCCGCACAGGGGGUCUACCCUGCGCCUAGCGUUUCCCAUGGCAACCUGUCUUCAACCAACCCUCAGACCCCGCUCCAGCAGCAGGGGGCCAUAAUGUCGCCCUGCUCCUUCACGGCUGCCAUGUGUAGCCCACCCGUGCAGACCCCUCUAGCUGGCCGGAGCUUCCAGUACAGCUCGCCCACUGCCUCCCAGCUGUCACUCAUCCAGCAGCCCAUGCCCCAGCCACCUCUGUCCACGCAGCAGCAGCUCGCUCAACAACCUGCUGUGUCCACCGCAGCCGCAGCCUCGGCAACACAGCAGCAGCAACAACAGCAGCAACCGUCACCUCAGCAGCAGCAGCAGGUCCCCUCCCCCCAGAGAGGAGACAUCCACAAGAGCACGCAGGCACUCCAGUCAGGCAGCUUGAGUCGAGACGUGCGACAUUUGUCAGCAUCCCAACCUUCUCUGCCACAUGAUACGUCCCUGGGGCCCAGGGCGCACCCAGCCUCAGGAGACUCUCUGGCCUCCAUUGUGCCACCAGUUGCGGCGGCGGCAGCGAUCCAGGGAAUGGGUCUACAGAGCGGCAUCCGCACCACAGUGCCCCAGCGGGUCAACUUAUUCCGCCAGAUGUCAUCAGGAGCCUUGCCCCCGGUGCGUUCGGCAGCGGCGGCGGCAGCAGCAGCGGCAGUGGCAGCAUCAGCAUCAUCCACAGCCCAGCACAGGGAAUCCCCUGGUUCUAGGAGAGAUUCUGUCUUGAGCAGUACAGAGACCGAGCAAGACAAAAUGCGUUUUGCAUCGAAUUUAUGAUCCAAUUUUUGCUUUUGCUUUUUUUAAACUUCUAUGUUUCAAUUCAUUUUUAAAAAUGGAGAUACAACAGAAGAGAUGAAUACGAGGAACUUCAGUAUUUUUGUUUCUCUCCAGUUUUCUUCAGAAAAGAUAACCUCAUAGAAAUCCUGUACAGACAGCCCUUGUAUUAUAUUUUAGACACAUUGUCUCCCUAAACUUAAGAAUGUAUAUUAAACAAAUCUAUAAAUCUCUAUAUAUACAUAUACAUCCAUAUAUAUAUAUAUAUAUAUAUAUAUAUAUAUAUAUAUAUAUAUAUAUAUAUAUAUGUACACACACACACACAUGUACAUCCAAGUAGAGUAUUUGGAAAUGGCUAUUUAAAAGCUCUAGUAUAAACAUGAGUCUUCCUUUCUGAGAAAUAUAAAGAAACAUAUACAAUGUAUGAAGUGUUUUUUUUUAUUUUAUUUUAUUUUGUUAUUUAUUUAUUUGAUUUUUGUGUUUUGUAACUGGAAUGCAUUGUGGAUUCUGAAAAUGACUUUCAUUUUCUUUUUCUUUCUUUUGUUUGUUUGUUUGUUUGUUUGUUUUUGUUUCUUUUUUCUACCAGUGAGGAAGAGGAAAAUUAUCUUCUCCUAUUAAGCAGCUUUAGGCACCACUGUGGAAUAAUAAAUGCAAGCAACUUUGAAAAAAAAAAAAAAAAAAUACUGUCAAAAAGCACAUACUCACAAAGUGAAUCUCAUACCAAUUUCCGGAACCCUCAUUUCAGAUAUCAACACAAAUACAGUAGCUAAAUGUUAUGUUGCUCUCAGCCAGAGAAACACAUCCUCCUGAGCCCCCACAUCCUCACAGAGGCUCAAAUACCGACCAUGACAGUGUUAUGGGUCCAAAGGGAAUAGAAUAAUAGAAAUGCUGCUUUCUUUGUUUAUUUUAGAGGAGGAUGGAGCAUGGAGAAAGUUAUGGAUGGAUGCUGUUGUUUAUUUGUUUUUGUUUUUUUUUUUCUAUUCCUGAUUUCAGAUGGCUGAGGUAGAAGUUAUGUAAUGUUGCUUAAAAAUUAUGUGUACAUUUAUAAUAUUUAUAAACUAAAGAUUAUCACCAUUAUGCAAUAGACUGUCAUAUAAAGAAUACCUAUAUGUGUGUUGUAAAUAGUUUUGUAGAUCUAGUAUUUACAGAAACUGUGUGGUGCAUUCUCAAUCAUAACAAUGUCUUACUUCUAUCAGGAACCUGGAUAUCAUCUAUAUGCGAAAAAAGUUAAUAAGUGACAAAAUACAUAUGUUUCAUUAGAGAUAAACAAACCUUAAUGCAAUAGCUAGCACUACUUGAUACUGAGAAAUGCCUGGUUGGAGGACAUUUAAGAAUCCCUUUCUCUCUGUAUACUAUUCCUAGUCCUAGUGUAGUUUUUGAUUUCACAUCAAGUGAACAUAUACAGUAUUUACCUACAAUACACAACUUCAUUUCAAAGUCAUCCUAUUGAAAGUAAAAGUGUUUAUCUUUUCUAACGCCUCAUUUCCCAGAACUGCUGUGGUGUUAAGAUCAUUUUAUGAACCACUCUUUGGUCUCUCUGGAGCUAAAACUGGAUAUUUUAUGAGAUGUAUUGUUGGAUGGAGGAAAUGAGGCUUACUUUUUUAUUCAUUAUUGUAUCUCAUUUAAUUAACCACAAUUUCAAUUUUAUGCUUGCGUGAUCUGCUUCUUGAGUAUUACUGUACCGUGAGCUGUCAUAUCACAAUUACUCAAGUUGAGAAGUCUGGCAUGACAUUUUCAACACGUUCCUGUUUGCUGUUGAAGAAGUCAGGUAUCCAGUUACUCAAGUGUGCAGGGCACAUUUUCACCAAAUGGUGUUUUUUGUACUGCUGCAAGUACAAAGAUGGAACAAAAAAAAAGACAAAAAAAGGGGGAAAAUGCUGGUUUGCAUUAAGGUUUUUGUCUCAUGUAAAUCCAUUAUGUGGGCUUAGAUACUCUAAACUGACUUGGACCGAUGUUGAGAAAGGGAGGCAUGGUCAACCCCGAAUAUUGUGACUCUACCAUAUAAAGGAAAGAAGGACAGCAGCUUAUUUAUGUUGAAAAUGUCAAUCAAAUCAAUCAACUUUUCAACAUAAUAACUAAGUGGUAUUCAUGCAGUUGUGGUCUUGUAAUUGCCAAAAUGUAUUGUGACUCAGUGGCUCAUCUAAUAAGGCCGUUUCCCAGCACACAGAUUGUAGUUUGUGCUGAAGGCCUUCUUAUGGCCUUCUUUAACAGUAGGGUCUACUGGCCAUGUGAUAAUGUACUGUUUUCUCCUUACAAUCACUCAUCAUUUCUAUUUAGAGUCAUAGUCUUCAUGGCACCAGAUAUCCCAUCAGUUCAAAGUGGCUAAGCCCUUCGAGAUACAGUUUUAAAAGAUUUCAAAGUCUUCGCUACAGAUUGUGUCAAUAGUGUACCAAUACAGAGUCAACCCACCAAUGUCAUGAAAGCAUGCACUGUCACAAAUACUUAGAAAGAUACUAUCUCAAAAUGUUGACGUUAAAUGUAUUGUGAGAUUAUGUUUUGUUCAUUGUCUGUCUGCCUAGACGUUAUUUGUGUGUAAACAGAAGCAUUGACUUUUCACAUGGACAUUCUUAAGUAUUUGUGCCUAAACUAUAGCCAUGUUCCAUCCUUUGUUAUGAGUGUGAGCUUGGUGCAAACAUGGGCACUUCUGCGCACAACCAUUCAUUAUUAGUAUAAUCUAUGUGUUUUAUGUCUCAAUAUUUUUAGAGAGGAAGGUGUAAGCAAUGAUGAUGGCCAAAUGUCUCAGUUUAUCCAAUUGGAAUCUUUAAAUACAAUGUGAACUUCUAGAAACAGGUUUUUUUCUAUCAUUCUCAGUUAAGCUAUAUAGAAUAUUUAAUGAGGUCAUGUACAGUUUUAAAAAAAAAAAAAGAAAAAAAGAAGAAGAAGUGCAAUCUUUAGACCUGCAGUAAUAUCAUGCUCAAUGAGACAUUGUAGAAAUUUGGAGCACCUUUAUACCUUUCUUUGUAGCUAGCCACUGAUGUUUGGGUUGAAUAUUAAUGUUGUGUGGAAUGAAACUGGCCAAAGCAAAACAUUAUAAGUAAUUUUCUUUGUGUUGAAUUGCACUUUCUGAUCAACUAAAGAGGUGAUACAGAUUCUUUUCAGCUAGUUUAGAUGUUGGAAUGAGUCAAUAAGGGAGACGUAUCCCCUAGAAAUUGUGCUGCCCUGAUCCUGUAUGAGGUUCUAAAUGAGGGGAGCUGUACUAUUUACAACAGAAAGCGCUUAAUCGUGAAUAUGCCAUAGUGUAUAGGAACUAGUACACAGUGAAGAUGGAUAGCAGCACUGUUGGUUUGUGCUGUUUUUGAUACUUGCCUUUGGAGGGAGAGCUUCCCAACUAUGUGCUUUUUUCACAAUUCCAAUCACAACCGACAACCUGGAAUGGGCAUUAUGGUGAUGUACAACACAGACUAAUGAGCUUACAUAUUAGCAGUAUAGAGACUCUCAACAAACCAGCACAUAUAUUUGUAUAUUUCUUUUUGUUUGUUGUUUUGUUGAUUUGAAAAAAAAAAGAGAGAGAGAUGCAAAAAGAACUGAGAAUAAUGCCCGCAGAAGGAGAACCAAAUGUUUAUUUUGGUUUUAUGACCACGACAGUUGCUGGUUUUAUAUGUUUACCAACGACAUGCGUGGUGGAGAGAGGGACGGAAGCUGGAACGAGCUGCCUGCUCCUCCUAAACCCCGCUAACAUGGUCAUUGUUCAGCUCAUUCAUGUAAUCCAAGGCUUAGAGAAAAAAGAACUAUCAGUUGGUUACUUGAUACGGACGAAAGAACGAUAAAUGUAAACUUUCUUACAACAAUAUGCAGACAAACGGUGUUUGUCAAAAAAUCCUUUUAAUUUUUUUUGUUUAUUUUGUUUGUUUGUAAAUAAUAAACCUUUAAAAUAUAGAAAAUAAACGACAUAUUGUCAUUUA